AAGCGCACCGUUGCGCACAGCCGAGUUGGACAGCAACAUCUUAAACACGCGUUAAUGAUCCGGCGGCGAAUCAAGCAGAUCAGUUUUGUUGUGGGGCGUUGUCAUAAACACUCCACAGUGGUGUGUGGUUCACAGAUCCGUCAGGCACCCACACAGCGUGUGUGAUCUCCCAGUCACUGACUCGUCGAAACUUCUGCGCUUACCAACUGUGAUCUUUUCUGCGAGCGUCACAUUGUUGCCAGCCGCCGCUACAAGUCGACAUACGGAGCUGUCACGCCGAACCGAGCCCAGCGUCGUCCACAGUAGUGCUGCUCGUUGCUAACUAGGCUGCCUCCAAGCCCACAGGUGAUUGGCCAGCUUCCGUGGGAUUUGAUGUCACCUCUAGAUUGGUUCAACUGAAGAUGGAAACACUGGAGUCUGAGCUGACCUGCCCGAUCUGCCUGGAGUUGUUUGAAGACCCCCUUCUCUUGCCCUGUGCCCACAGCCUGUGCUUUAACUGCGCCCACCGCAUCCUGGUGUCUCACUGCUCCACCAGCAAGCCCCUCGAGUCCAUAUCGGCCUUUCAGUGCCCCACUUGUCGUUACGUCAUCACGCUGAAUCACCGCGGCCUGGAGGGCCUUAAGCGCAAUGUGACGCUGCAGAACAUCAUUGACCGCUUUCAAAAGGCCUCCCUUAGCGGCCCCAAUUCCCCCACCGAGAGCCGGCGCCUGCAGCCGCAGCGGCCCUACACCGCUACCAUUAGCGGUACAAUAGCUGGAACAAUUGGCGGCGGUGGUGGUGGUGGCACUAGUGGAAGCAGCGCCCGCGGCAGCCCGGCCACUUCCAGCCACUCCCACCCGCACGCCAACCACACCAAUCACGCCAACCACACCAACGCCAACCACAGCCCGGCUGUUGUUGCUAAAAUGGAUCCGCGCAUCAGCUGCCAGUUCUGUGAGCAGGAUCCGCCGCGUGAGGCCGUCAAGACGUGCGUCACGUGCGAGGUGUCGUACUGCGACCGAUGCCUCCGCGCGACGCACCCGAACAAGAAGCCGUUCACCAGCCACCGCCUUGUGGAGCCGGUGCCGGACACUCACAUCCGCGGCCUGACCUGCCUGGAGCACGAGAACGAGAAGGUCAACAUGUACUGCCUGGUGGACGACCAGCUCAUUUGUGCCCUCUGCAAGCUGGUUGGGCGCCACCGAGAGCACCAGGUGUCCUCGCUGACUGAACGCUUUGAUAAGCUCAAGGCUUAUCAGGUGAGCCCGGGCAGAGUGUCAGAUGCGGUAAUGGAGGCUUCAAAGACAAGCGCUGCGCAAACUCUGGAGAACAACCUGACUAACCUGGUGAAGAGGAACAGCGAGUUGGAGAACCAAAUGGCAAAGCUUAUCCAGAUCUGUCAACAGGUUGAGGUGAACACAGCCAUGCAUGAAGCUAAGCUGGUGGAGGAGUGUGAUGAGCUUGUGGAGAUCAUCCGCCAGAGAAAACAGGUCAUUGCUGUGAAGAUCAAAGAAUCCAAGGUGAUGAAACUGCGUAAGUUGGCGCAGCAGAUUGCAAAUUGUCGCCAGUGUCUAGAGCGCUCCAGUGCCCUCAUCACACAAGCUGAGCAGAGCCUGAAGGAGAACGACCACGCCCGCUUCCUCCAGACCGCCCGAAAUGUAGCAGAAAGGGUUGCCAUGGCGACUGCCUCCUCCCAGGUACUUAUCCCUGACGUCAACCUGAAUGAGGCGUUUGACAACUUUGCCCUGGACUUUUCCAGAGAGAAGAAGAUUCUGGAGGGACUAGAUUACCUAACAGCUCCAAACCCUCCAUCCAUAAGAGACGAGCUGUGCACCGCCUCUCAUGACACCAUCACUGUUCACUGGACGUCAGAGGACGAGUUCAGCGUCACCUCCUACGAGCUGCAGUACACCAUCUACACCGGCCAGACGAAUUUUAUCAGUUUGUACAAUUCUGCAGACAGCUGGAUGAUCGUACCGAACAUCAAGCAGAACCACUACACGGUGCACGGCUUGCAGAGUGGCACCCGUUAUAUCUUCUUUGUCAAGGCUAUCAACCAGGCAGGAAGCCGCAACAGUGAGCCAGCCCGCCUCAAAACCAACAGUCAACCCUUCAAGUUAGAUCCAAAGACAGCCCACAAGAAGCUGCGUCUGUCCAAUGACUGUCUGACCAUGGAAAAGGACGAGAGCUCACUGAAGAAGAGCCACACCCCGGAGCGCUUCAGCGGCACAGGCUCAUAUGGCGCAGCUGGUAAUGUCUUCAUCGACAGCGGGUGCCACUACUGGGAGGUGCUGCUGGGAGCGUCCACAUGGUAUGCCAUCGGCGUGGCUUACAAAUCAGCCCCAAAAAAUGAGUGGAGCGGCAAGAACUCGUCCUCAUGGGUGUUCUCGCGCUGUAACAACAACUUUAUGGUGCGCCACGACGGCAAGGAGAUGCUGGUGGAGGCAAGUCUGCAGCUGAGGCGGCUGGGUGUCCUGCUGGACUACGACAACAAUUCGCUGUCCUUCCAUGACGCCAUGAACUCCCAGCACAUUCACACCUUUGAAGUCUCCUUCCUCCUGCCCGUUGUGCCAACUUUCAUGAUCUGGAACAAGUCGGUCAUGAUACUCUCAGGGCUGCCCGUCCCCGACUUUGUCGAUGGUGUGUCUGCAGAUCUUCAAGAGCAACAACAGCAGCAGAUGGGCCUGUGCCGACAGGAGUCACCAUACUUGACCGGGAUGAAGACCUGCCACUGAGAAAGGCCCACCACAUGGCCGAGCAGAGUCCAUUCAGGUCCGGUGACUGAGAAGUUGAUUGGGAGCUGAAAGACAUUGACAGUGUGACUGAGUUCUGCUCUAUCCUCUGCAUUAAGAGAGGACCAGUUACUUUCUUAUGGAUUUAGAAAGUGUUGGAGAUAUGCACACCAGUCCUGUUAGUUUGUAGCCAUCCAAUGCUUUGCAAAUCCAUCAGUGGGAACAAGGUCUCUUGGCUGCAAAUGUCGAUAGACCUGAAAUUCAACUGAUGCCCUGGAGUUACAGAGGGCGGGGCUGGAUGUCUGGUUUAAUGACCAUUUAAGGUCUUUCAUUUUGAUUUAUCUUCCUCCUGAAUUGACCCUAGGCAGAAGACCAAGGAGGGAAUAUUGUUGUCAGCCAUUUAGAGUCAAAAGUUACAACAUGUGAACAGUUAAAUUAUGUCUCACCUACGACAGAUUAAAAAAACACAGAGGAAGCAGAAAAAUCCAGUAGAAUCGUCUGACUACAGACAUUUAACUUUAUUUAUGUCUCAUUAAGUAAGUUAUAUGUCAAGUGAAUUUGACAUAAAGAUAGAUUGAUAAUUAGAGAGUUAGAUGAGAAGUUAGAUACCACUCACAUGUCUGUACACUAAAUGUGAAGCUAGAGCCAGCAGCUACGCUAGCUUAGCGUAGCAUGUAGACUGGACAGCCUCCAGUCUACUUCCAACACAUAACAUAAAACUACAGUGUCAUUUUUACAUUUCUCUUUUUUUAUAAAUUAAUCAAAUGAGUAUAAUGUGUGCAAUUGCGAGCUUUUGAGGGAGCUGCAUGGUGGAUCUUUUUUUUUUUUUAGCUAAUGUUAGCUAAUACCCGUUGUUUUCAGGGUUAGGCUGUUGACUCUAGCUUCAUAUUUAGCAUAAAAAUCUAACUCCCGGCAAGGAAGCUAAUAAGCAUAUGUCCCCAGAUAUAUACUUUAAAUGUGAAGGUGUCUCCUUUGAGUCCACUUGCUAAUGCCAACACAUGCUAGGCGUGUACAUUCUGUGUUGCUUCACAUCACUGUUCAUGUGUUGUAGCCUCAGUAGCUGUAAGUGGUCGUUGCUAAAGUCUUUUCCUUGAUCUUCCUCCUAGCUUUGACACAGCAGUCCUGUUUGUAUCUGCGGUUUGUCGCUUCCAAGUUUCGGGAAGUUUUAGCGUUGCUCCCAGAUGUGAAAAUAAUAUCGCAGAGGGGGUAGAUUUGCAUCAUGUGACUACUCGACUUGUAUAAUAAGAGGUUUAUUGAAUAUUAGAGGAAAAAAGUGUUAUUUAUGACAAAAAAAAGAUGGUUUACUUUUAUUAUUAAUCUCAACAUAUUCAUGAUGCACUUUUUAAUUAACACUAUUUCCCCUCUAUGAGUAUUAAAGUAGAUGGAGCUGAGUGGCAGGAAGGUUACGGGGAGGGAAAGUGACAACGAGCACUACUGCUGGUCAUGUUCAAACCUCUGAAAAAAAUAAAUUUUUCGUUUUGCUACCAAUCUGGUGUAGUAAAUCAAAAGUUAAAAAGGUUUUUCACUGUGCUUUGAACACAACCAGUUACUCUCCCUCCCUGUGACUCUUUUCAAUAGCAUAGUAACUUUAUCUUGUUUAGAAAAGGGAUAUGAUUAUGAUGUUUAUGCGUUUUUUAUCAUGAUGAAAUGAUGAUAAACUAAUAGCUGUUUUUUUUUUUAAAUCACUCUGUUGUCGACUAUUCAGGGAAGGAAGGGGUUAACACUUUAACUUGCUGUCUGUCGCAAUGUCAUGGCAUGAUUGUGUUUUCCUCUGUGAUUUGUUAACACACACACAUACGCGCACAUACACACACAAACCAACACACGUCAUGUUUCGUUUAGGUUGGCCUUGUCGUGAUAAAUGCAUGAGACAUUGUAGGAUCCCACACCGGUUCACUGGGUAAUUUAAGUAGCUCAAGUUCACUAAAUCAUGUUUUUCAUCAGAUCCUGACUCACCUGCACAUUUACUUCCAACAGACUUGAUCUCGUUCUGUCACCCAUCACUGUUCAGACAGCGUCUUAAGCUGGAUCCAUUGUUUGCUUUUUAUUUGGAUUUGAAGGCCUAGUGUGGGUGACAUGUUCUCUCUGGUUUGAUAUUCAGGUAAUGGCUUUGAUUCAGACAAUCAAAUAUGUAUUAUAGUUUAUGCAGAUUUAAGAGAUUGUGUAGCGGGAAAUGGUAAGGAGGGAUGGUGACGAAAGUGAAACUUGAGGUUGUGUUGAAAGAAAUGGAUGUUUUACAUACCAUCUUGUUAGAUUUGACACCUUAUGGCCAGCCCUGUCUCCGGAAAACAUUACGUUCUCAUACAACGAAACUAUCUAGUUCAGUGUUAUAAACCUGAACAAAACUACAGUUUAAACAUGUCGAUGAUAUUUUUAGAUAGUUGCAUUUAGUUUAGGUACCAAAAACUACUUGUUUGUGUUUGGUAAAAGAUUAUGGUUUGGGUUAAAACGUGUAUGUUUGUUACGUAAACAAGUCAACGUUGACAAUAGGUUUCACACAGGAGGCAAAGAGCGCUGUCUUGGCUCUUUUUGCCUCAAAUCCACACCUCUGACUGUUCUAUUUAAACUCUCUUGACCUAAUCAUGAUUUGAAACUAAACUUCUAGUUAGGUUAAGGCGACAAAACUAUUUGGUUAUGUUCAGGAAAUAACGUGGUGACGUCGCUACUUUGCUUGACGUCACAUAACAGUGUGACACAACUGAUGGUUAAGUUUAAUAAACAGCUGUUUUAUUUCAAAACGUAACGCAAACACUGUUCUAUGUCCUGUGCUGUUUGAUCCAUGCACCACCAACUCCCACCCACCCAAAGUGGACCUUUAUUUAGUCUUAAUGCUUCAACACCGAUUUCCUGUUGUCUACUAAUCAUAAUUAUUAUGGCCACUCAAGGGCGCCACCACACUGCAGACGUAAACAUGCUUCAUAACAGCCUGCUCACAAAAUGACCUACGUGGCUGUUUUUUUGGGUAAAGAUGGUCUGUUUUUGUGAUACGGUAAGAACAAACGUAAACUGGGGGAAAGUCUGUUUUCAUCGAAAACGGUUUGUUUCGUUGCAUGGGAACGACCAGGCUGCUCAUGGCCAUUUUCACUCACAUUACCAGGUAUGUGCUUAAUGUUUAAUGUCAUGUAACAAUUGUAUUGACAGGACAUGAUUUACUUGACCUUGGAAACACGUUGAUUUCAAUAAUUUAUAGUAACGAUGGAUAUGUAUUGAUGAGUUCAAGCAAAGGUUCGGUGAUGUAAAACUCUGGUAAAUGGAAAAAUUGUAAAAAUCUGACAUUUCACAACCUCCCAGUGGAUCUUUCAACCUGCGGUGUUCCUUUAGGGCAGCUGUGUGAUGAUGAAUCAGUCAGGACUGUUUGAUGGAAGUAUUGACUGCAUGGGCGCUACAACAGCAAAGAUCUACAUUCGUAUCCAUUAACUUCAACAGAGAUAAUCUGGUCAGCACAGGAGGAGCUCCAGUAUGAGGAGAGGGUUAUCUUCUUUUCUGUCAGGUAGAUUACUGAUUGUUACCUGACUUCCAGAUAUCCACCCAUCUUGUUGAAUAAUGUCGGUCACAGGCUCGAAACGGCCAUGUGUUGAUUUGUGAUCCAGACUGACAAGCUCAACUCAUCUGUACAAGCGUGCUUGGCUGGGUCACUGCAUGAUUAUGUGACCUUGCUGCAGGUUCAUAAAUCUUUCCUUAUCUUCAUGAUGAGGUUUCUUAUCUUGAGUCAAGCAUAUUCUCUUCUUUUUUUUCUUUUUUCCUUUUUUUUGUAAAAAAAAAAUUAAACCAUGACAAGAUCGCUUAGAAACGAAAUGUUCAUUGCCAUGCAUAUCAGAUAGUUUGCAGUGUUCUUUCUUUCUUUGUGUCACAAGUCAAUACAGUAAAAAUAUAUACGGUGAAUGAUUUACAAUAGCUAACAACUCCUUGUAGUGCAGUGUAAUACCCUAGAGACAAUGCAAUAGAUUCUCCUUUUUGCUUUCUGUUUGUGUAACUUGGGAAAUUAUUUUUUACAACUCAUGAGAUACACGCUCCUCUCCUUUUGGCAUCUGGACCUUGAUAAACAGCACAAAAAAGAGCAGCGUUGCAUUCAUGCAAGGCUUUCUGUUUCCAUAUAUGAGAGAUAAUUUUAGCCAGAGAGGAAUGUAAAUCAUAGGGGGAAAUAUAUAUUAUAUAAAGUUGUAUAAUAUACAAAAUAUAUAUGAACCAAUGUUAUUUAUGUGAAUUUAAGUCCAAUUAAAAGUCUGAUCCCAAAUA